GCGAGUCUCUUCCGGUGGAUACGUGGCUCUCCGCUGCCAUAUUGACGCUAACUAGCUAGCGCUUCAUCUUCACUGUACUCGGAGUCAGCUGUAUUCGCACCCUGCCAUUCCAGGAGGACAAGAAAUUCCCAAAACAACAUACACUACGGAUUGAAGACCGUUUACAUACACAGAGAGACCAAACAUGGUGCUGUUGGCAGCGGCGGUGUGCACCAAGGCCGGUAAGGCCAUCGUGUCGCGGCAGUUUGUGGAAAUGACCCGGACACGGAUUGAGGGCCUUUUGGCCGCAUUUCCCAAACUGAUGAACACGGGGAAGCAGCACACCUUCGUGGAAACGGACAGCGUUCGCUACGUCUACCAGCCGCUGGAGAAACUCUACAUGGUCCUCAUCACCACCAAGAACAGCAAUAUUCUGGAGGACCUGGAGACACUCAGACUUUUCUCCCGUGUGAUCCCAGAAUACUGUCGUGUGCUGGAGGAGAGUGAAAUUUCCGAGCACUGUUUUGACCUCAUCUUCGCCUUCGAUGAGAUUGUGGCGCUUGGCUACAGAGAAAAUGUUAACUUGGCUCAGAUCCGCACCUUCACAGAGAUGGACUCCCACGAGGAGAAGGUGUUCCGAGCAGUCAGAGAGACCCAGGAACGUGAAGCUAAAGCAGAGAUGAGGAGGAAAGCCAAGGAGCUGCAACAGGCCAGAAGAGACGCAGAGCGCUCUGGAAAGAAGGUUCCAGCAUUUGGUGGUUUUGGUAACGUGAGCAGCGUGUCCUCAGGGUCUCUCAUCACAGACACCAUAGUGGAACCCGAGAAACCCAAGAUCACACCAACUCCAGUCCGAUCAAGUGGACCCAGCAAAGCUCUGAAACUAGGGGCCAAAGGGAAGGAGGUGGACAACUUUGUAGACCAGCUCAAGUCUGAGGGUGAAACCAUCAUUUCCCCCUCAGGAAAGAGAGGCUCAGAUGUCUCUAAGGUUCUGCCACCACCAGUCAACAUGGAGAGUGUACAUCUGCGUGUGGAGGAGAAGAUCUCCCUGGCCUGCGGCCGUGAUGGUGGCCUACAGAACAUGGAGGUGCUCGGCAUGGUGACGCUCCGAGUCAUGGAUGAGAAAAACGGACGCAUCCGGCUAGUCAUCAACAACAACGACAACAAGGGAUUGCAGCUACAGACGCAUCCUAAUGUGGACAAGAAGUUAUUCACAGCUGACUCGGUGAUUGGCCUAAAGAACCCAGAGAAGUCCUUCCCUCUCAAUAGCGAUGUUGGUGUCCUGAAAUGGAGACUGCAGACAACAGACGAGUCCCUUAUACCUCUAACCAUAAACUGCUGGCCUUCAGAGAGCGGCUCUGGCUGCGACGUCAACAUCGAGUAUGAGCUGCAGGAGGAGAACCUGGAACUGAACGACGUCAUCAUCAGCAUCCCUGUUCCGUCUGGCGUGGGAGCUCCUGUGAUUGGAGAUCUGGAUGGAGAAUACAAACACGACGGCCGGCGGAACAUACUGGAGUGGUGCCUACCAGUCAUCGAUGCCAACAACAAAGCCGGCAGCCUGGAAUUCAGCAUUGCCGGGCAGCCGAAUGAUUUCUUUCCUAUCAAUGUGUCCUUUGUGUCCAAGCGCAGCUACUGUGACAUUCAGGUUACCAAAGUGUCUCAUGUAGAUGGCGACAUCUCCGUCAGAUUCUCUACAGAAACCUCCUUUCUUGUUGACAAAUAUGUAAUCGAGUAAAUAUAUUGGAAGAAAACGACAAAAUGAAAAAAAAUCACCAUUUUUAAAAAAAAAGUCCAAAUCUAUGCUACAGAGAAAGAUCGAAGAUUUCUAGGCUGCCACCCCUGUAUACUAUCAGAGACUGUGUACGUCGACAGGACCUCCGUCAGCCCUCUGGCGAAGCCUCCUCCUGUGAGGAAGAGCAGCGGUGGUGUAUUUAUGUUUGUAUGACAGAGGAUCAUUUAUAUAUAAAGUUAAUUGAACAGGAAAACACCAACAUACACAGAACUCCAACUUCCACUGAUGCUGUUGUGCAGAACUGUACAGAGGAAUGUGAGGAUAAGUAGAGGAUGACUGUGGGGAUGAAGGAGAGGCUAGCUGCUCUCCCAUCAUCAGUGGCAAUAAACCCCUGCCUGGAGGUGGAGAGAGGACCAGCAGGACCCGAGGCAUCAGUCUCCUCUAGAGUGCUGGUAGUUUAGCUGUCCCCUCCCCUCUGAGCACCAUGGAUCCUCCACAGUCUUUACUCACUGCAGUGAUUGUUGAAUGCGCCCUUUGUUCUUUCCCCUCGCUGUAGGAUUGUAGCUGUCUCACUCAUAAACGUUAAGCUCUUGUGAUUUGCUCUCUUCAGGUUUUUCUUUUUGUUUUUGUGGAGUUCAUCUGAAAAGCAAAAACAUGGUUGUGCUUUCUGAAGUAAUUUUUUUAUUUGGUUCUUUUUCCCACUGUUAGUCAUUAUUACCACUAAUCAGCAUGUUGAAUUUGGGCAGGAUUUUGUACGGGAUUCUGAACUGCAGGCUUGACGUACCAAGCAGGAAAAUCAUUGAACUGUUGCAUCUCUUCCCCCAUUAUAUUGUUGGAACACCAUUAAAACCACUCCCUACUUUGUCGAAAAGGGACGGCACGUUUAAUUGUGCUCCAUUUGAGUUCAGAGAUGAGCGCUGAGAUAUCACAGCGUUUAGAAAUGAACACUUUGAAGGUGGUCCAGAAAUGCCCCUCACCCCUUGCCGUAGACUAAUGCUCAUCCACCCAGUCAUCCUUUACUUACACCAUUAAGGAGCAUUGUCCAUGAAGUAACAUUUGUCUUUCCUGUUAUUUUUUUCUUUUGCUUGUACUUCCCCAAUUUCAAUUUAGUAAUGAUUGUGUGGAUGUGGGGUCGAAAAUGACUAGGAUGGACUUUUUUUUUUCUUUUUUAACAAAAUUGCUGAGGGGGAAUCCUGACAUUCCAGUGUAAAACUAGAAAAAAGAAACUUUAAUGGAAUAAAAUGUAUUAUUAAAACUGUUA